GAUGUUUUGGAUGAGGCAAGCGGCCGUGAUCCAAAAGAAAGAGGCGAAGACGUUACUCAAAGCGGAGUCUUCCCCAUGGACUGCCGGCGGAUGCUAUGCGUCUUGCUAUGCAUGAUAUACAUGCUCCAUGUCACCGGUCUUUGGUGGGCAAUGGGUCGCCAUCUUGUGCUAGAUCCGGGCCGCAUAUGCCGGAAAACGCGUCGUAUGAGAGGGAAGCAAGCACAGAUAUGUAAAAAAGAACCAGAAGUUGUGACAGCUAUCACUGAAGGAUCGAAAAUUGGAGUACAAGAAUGUCAAUAUCAGUUUCGAUUUAGAAAAUGGAAUUGCACCACAGCUAAAAGAUCCUUGAAGAAAGUACUUUUAAGAGAUACCAGAGAAACAGGAUUUGUAAACGCUAUCACUGCUGCAGGCAUUAUAUUCUCCAUCACACAGGCUUGUAGUUAUGGACAAUUAUUGGAUUGCUCCUGCGAGAGAAGCAGUCCACCUGCUGCUCUUCCACCUCCACCCCAGAUUUCCACGGAAGAACGGUGGGAAUGGGGCGGUUGCAGUGACAAUAUCAAUUUCGGCUAUCAAAAAUCAAAGGAAUUUAUGGAUGAUCGGUUUAGAAAACGAAGUGAUCUCAAAACUCUAUUGCUAAAGCAUAAUUAUGAAGCUGGGAGAUUGGCAGUGCAAAAGCACAUGAAGCUCGUAUAUAAAUGCCAUGGAAUGUCUGGUUCAUGUGCCGUGAAAUCAACUUGGCGCAAAUUACCACUAUUCCGAGAAGUUGGCAAUUAUCUGAAAGAACGCUUCGACGGGGCCGCAAAAGUGAUGCCAGGGAACGAUGGCCAAGGAUUCAUACCGGAAGGCGAAACUAUCAAGCCUCCAACUAAAGAGGACAUUGUUUACACCGAAGAGUCGCCAAGUUACUGUGAGCCAGACAAGAAAACUGGCUCUCUGGGUACUCAAGGAAGACACUGCAAUCACUCGUCGAUGGGGGUCGACGGUUGCGAGCUCUUAUGUUGUGGGAGAGGUUACGAAGCUGUUAGAAGAACACAUAGGGUAAACUGCAAUUGCAGGUUUCAAUAUUGCUGCGACGUCCAAUGCGAGACAUGUGAUCGCAGGUAUACUUACAGUCGGUGUCUGUGAUAGGUUUUGAGAUCUAGUAUGUGUUUUUUGAAAUUAUUGUGCCAAUCUUAGUGUGUUCCCAAUUAAAUUCGGAAGCAAGCCGAACUAGCGUAGUGAAAAAAAAUAUGAGCUUAUUAAAUAAUACAAAAAUUUUGUGGAAAUUUGAGUAUUUAUUAUUCACGUGACUUUCAAUGGUACUGCUUAGAUCUAAGAAUUUCAUUAUUCGUCCAUCAAUAAUUUACCAUCAGGGUUCAGAGAUAGGCAUGUUAAUGUAAGGCCUUUUCGCCUUAGGCACGUAUGGAUAGGCAUGUUAACGUACUUUUCUUGCUUGAAGUUUAAAAUAAGUUGAGUUAUUAUCAAAUGGUGUCUGGGUAUUUCAGAAUUCAUUAAUGAUUAGUUACUUAAGAAGAUGAUAGUUCUUUUUUUCCUGAUUCUAUUGCUUUCAGAAAAGUAGCAUUCAUAGUUUAGGAGAAACAGCUAAGCUAUUUCCUUCCGUAUGAAACAAUCUUUAAAAUUUGAGGACAUUGAAAACUUAAAAAGUUUCGCAGUUCGCGAACAUAGAAAUUCUAAUAAAAAAGACACUUCGCAUUCAUUGAUAAUAUUUGCAUUGCUGUAGGAUAAAAAAUAUUCUAGAAACUUGGAGUGAAUACUUAUGAGGUUUUUUUCCUAGAUGCUUUGUUGUAUGCAUUCAGCUAUUCCGAAUUUUCUUGCUUGAUGAACAAUUUGUAGAGUCAUCACUUCAGAAGCUUUAGAAAUUAAAAUUAAACUAAGUUUUACUCAUCAAAAGACAAUAGAAAGUUACAAACAUAUGCAUAAUUUGUAUUGCUUAUCUUUGUGAAAAGAUUAUCCAUGGUUUAAUCUGAUAAUAAUUCCAAAACAUUUGCUGCGUGGUAAUAGCCAUUCAAGAAAUAUAAGGUGAAAAACGGAACUAUUUAUGGAAAAAGGGCAACUAAAAAGCGUUUCUUAUUAAACUUCGGUUAAUGUUCGUUCUUAUUAAUGUUUAAGUAUAGGCAAACUCUACUUAGAAUAUUUCUUAUAAAUAGCUUUAAUCUUACGAUUCGAUAGGCCACAUUUUAUUGAACAGUAAAGGCAAACACCAGCUCAAUCCCUCCGUUUAUUUCGCGGCCAUCAUAUGGCGAAAUUAGACAAGCUUAAUGAAGGCUUAAAAUUGACCCUUCUUUGAAAUCAGUUUCUAGGACUCCUGGAAACAUGAAUAUAUAUUUAUGUAUUUCGAAGUAGCCUCCAUUUGCCUUAAUUCACUACUUUAAACGGAUGUAAAAAUUUCAGAAACAACUUUUAAAGUCUACUAUUGGAAUGUUCUUUAAUUUUGAUGCCGUGGUUUUCCAAACGUCUUCACUCUCCUUAACCUUAUACUUUUUUCAAGUUUUUCGGUUUCGGAAUGUUUUGAUGAUAAACCUUUUGUAGAUUUUUUUUUUUUUUUUGCUUUUGAAACAGAAAAAUAUGUUAAAGAAAUAUGGUUUAACGUUGUCGAGUUCAUUAGGAAACCUUAAUAUCCCACAGUAAAAAAUAACUAAAUUCUGCAGGGGAAAAACAUUCACGGAAAAAAACUGGAUAAAGAAAAAUACAGAUUUUUUCUGUUCUUAACCGUUAUCCGAGAAAUAUAAACAAUUUCUGUUCUCUGUAUAUUUGACGAUUUGAAACUAUUUUUUUUUUUUUUUUUACAAAAUGGUUUUUUUUUUGUUUUUUACCCUUAUCAUAAAUGGAUUAAAACAGUCAGUUAAAAUUCUAGCUUUUGUCAUCUAAUAUCGCUUACCGUACCAUAACUUUUAUCUUUUUUCAAAUCAUUUUACGAUUAUUUUCUAUAUUUGCCUUUAUUUUUCAGCAAUUACUUUAUAGUUUUGAAAAUUUUAUAAGUAAGACUACGAAUUGACUUUUUUGUUAAAAGGAUGCUAAACUGGAUCAAAUGAUGCUAAACCGGACCAUUAUGUUUCUUCAGAUAUAAUGUUCUGGCUAUUUAAGUUGCCAGUCAAUUUUGUAAGAGUAGAUCACGAUAGUUUUAAAUAUUUUUACACUUAAAUAUGAUAUCAAUAUGACUUUUAAGAUAAAGACAGUUUAAGACCUUUCUUCAUAAAAGAAAACGAGCUUCGGUUCAAAGCACUCGCCUAACAGUGACCCAGGUUUGAAUCCCAGCGCUGACUAGCAGUACAAAUUCUCUCGCCGCCCACAAUGCUGACCUAGUAAAUAAUUUAUAAAUAUAAACUAUAUCAAAUUAUAUAAAUAUAAAUUAUAUUACAUUAUAUAAAUAUAAAUUAUAUGAAUAUAUAUAAAAAUACUCAUCUGCUAAAAAACAGGCGUCCGUUUUUAAAUAUUAGUAUUUUUCUGUAAAAUAAACGGUUUUAUACUGGUACAUCAGCUGACAGUUUUUCCCUGAAUUUAGCAGCUUUUUUUUACAGUGCAGAAUUAAAUAGCAUUAAAAGAGAGGAUUACUUCUGAAACUUUUACAUCCAAGUACGGAAGUAAAUUACGGCAAGUGGAAGUAACUCCAAAACAUAUUAAAUGAGUAUUUAAUUCGCUGAAUAUAUUUAGAAUUAGUUUUGGAAAAGAAUACUCAAAACUCUCAGAUACUUUUACUGUUAAGUAAACACUUACAAUUAUUUUAAGCAUUGCCUAAAUAAUUAAAAAAAAAUUUCAAUUUAAAUAUGAAUAACUAAAAUUGCAUUUUAAUUUUUUAUUUGUGUUAUGAAAUAUUUUUACGUCAUUUUUUCAAGAAACUGUAAUCUAAGUUUUAUUUGAUUUCUUUGAUAGUAUUACAUUGUACCGAAAAUUUAUUAAAGGCUGCAUUAUGCACCGUUUUAAAAAUUCUUUACUUAAGACAAUUGAUUAUUAAAUAUGUUUGUUGCUUAUAAGUCUGACAGAUGUUGUUUUCUGAGUAUAUGUGUUUUAUUAAAGUUUUUGUUGAAAUUA